GGCGCGGUCGCUAGGGAAACCAGAGGACGCCCGGUAGCCGCCCCCACCGCCCCCGCCCCAGGCAAGGCUGGUCGGCGCCGCGGAAAGCAGCCUCGGGGAAGCAGGAGGAAGAGGGGCAGGUUUAGGGAGCGAAGAAGCGAGAGGAGGACGAAGAAGAGGCGCUUAGGCCAGUCCCCGCGCAAUUAAUGGGCAGCUCCUGCGCCGUGGACCGGCCCGCCCGCCCUGCCCCUCGACCCCUUUAGCCCCGGCAGGGGAGGAAGGGCAGACCCCCAGCACAGAUUUGGCACAAGACAUUAUCACCAGAAAGACUUAAAACAGAAGCGUGCAUGACCAUGAGUGGAUUUUAAAUUAAGAAGCAGUUCAAAGGUCGGGGAUUAGGAAUCAUGUUGCAUGACGCAAGGGACAGGCAGAAGUUCUUCAGCGAUGUUCAGUAUCUGCGGGACAUGCAGCAUAAGGUGGACUCUGAGUAUCAGGCUUGUCUGAGACGACAGGAAUAUAGAAGAGACCCAAAUGAGAAGAAACGUGAUCAGUUUUGGGGGCAAGAGACAAGUUUUGAGAGAUCCCGGUUUUCUAGCAGGUCAUCUUCCAAACAGAGUUCUAGUGAAGAGGAUCCUCUAACUGAACCAAGGUCGUCUACCAAGAUAUCUGCGUUUAAGUGUGACUCCAAACUUCCAGCAAUUGACCAAACAUCAGUCAAGCAGAAACAUAAAAGUACCAUGACUGCAAGGAAAGCAGACAAAGCGGACCCCAGCGAACCCUCUCCAGCAGAUGAAGCACCAAUGGUUUUAUUAAGGAAGAGGAAGCCAAACCUGAGGAGAUUUACAGUCAGCCCAGAAUUGCACAGCCCGAGAGCGUCUGAGGACAGAAGCAGACAGAAACCGCAGUGGCCUGCAAAGGUGCCAGCUCCCAGGAGAGCAGAUCAAGUAGUUCAACAAGGAGACCUGAUGUGUAACACUAAGCUGAAGAAGCCAACUCGAGAGAGAAGAAACUUGGUCCCAUCGUCACAGCCAGUGAUUGAGAACCCCCCUGAUAGACGCAAAAAAGGAGACCCGAGUGCUCCUUCCCAGAGUGAGCUGCAUCCAGCCCUGCCCCAGGCCUUCCAAGGAACAAAUAGUCCUCAAGUAUUGAGUGAGUUCUUGGGGCCACCACUCACACCCACCACCAUAGGAGGGCCAAGAAGGGCAUCAUUUAGGUUCCGAGAUGAAGACUUUUAUUCCAUUUUGUCACUGAACAGCGGAAGAGAAAGCGAUGACACUGAAGAGGAAAGCCAGGCUGAAGAAGGUCUGUGGGUUGGUAUGCAUUCACCCCGUUCUCCCUCCCAUCACAAAAGAAGUAGAUUUGGAGGGACAUCGACCCCUCAGGCCAAAAAUAACAAUUUUGUAGAAAAUGCUGAAAAUUGCAGAGGUCAUUCUUCAAGAAGAAGUGAGCCCAGACAUGGCUCAUUGAGAAUAAGGAAUGCAAUGGAGCCAGCAACAGAAUGGCCUUCUGCUGGGCAAAAGUUGUCCCAAGACUCCAGACUGCCUGAUAGGGAAUCUGCUAAAGAGAAGGACAGAGGUGGCAGUGAACAUGCGAAAAAGAGCCCCCUUUCAUGGGAUACCAAAUACGAGCCCAGACAAGAGGAUGGUGUCAAUGCUGAAAAUGCAUGGAGUGACUGUAUUUCUGUGGAGCAUAGGCCUGGCACCCAUGAUUCUGAAGGAUACUGGCAAGACUAUUUAAGCAGUUCUCAAAAUUCUCUUGACUACUUUCUUUCUGGCAGACCAACAUCUCCAGGAUCAUCAGUGAAUUCAUCCUAUAACUCUGCUGUAUCAUUCAUGCAUUCUGCUCUGGGAGAUGAUAUUCCGGUAGACUUGUCAAUGUCAUCGACUUCAAUUCACAGCUCAGACUCAGAGGGAAACUCAAGGUUUCAUGUUUGCCGACCACUGUCUCCCAUUAGAAAUAGGAAUCCAUCUGCCAGUGCCGAAAACCACAAUUACUUCCCAGUAAACAGUGCACACGAAUUUGCUGUCAGGGAAGCAGAAGAUAUUACUUUAACAAGUCAACCUCAGGGGGCUCCAUUAUAUACAGAUCUCUUACUAAAUCCACAGGGCAGUUUGUCCUUAGUGGAUUCUUCCAACUCCUCUCCAUCAAGAAUAAACUCAGAAGGCUAUUUUCGUGUGUCUGAGUCCCUGCAAGAAAAUAUACCAUUUACUUUCUUUGCAGUGUCUGAUUUCCCAAAUCAAAAUGAGAAUGGGAACAGGAUGGCAGCCUUUGGUUUCACAGAUGAAAAGGAAACCAGUAAGAUAAAGGCAGACCCUGAGAAACUCAAGAAAUUGCAAGAAAGUCUCCUGGAGGAGGACUCCGAGGAGGAGGGAGACUUGUGUCGCAUCUGUCAGAUAGCCGGGGGUUCCCCAAGCAACCCCCUCCUGGAGCCUUGUGGCUGUGUGGGAAGCCUGCGGUUUGUUCAUCAAGAGUGCCUGAAAAAGUGGCUGAAAGUGAAAAUAACAUCAGGAGCAGAUCUUGGUGCCGUGAAGACCUGUGAGAUGUGUAAGCAAGGCCUGCUGGUUGACCUGGGUGACUUUAACAUGAUUGAGUUCUACCAGAAGCACCAGCAAUCUCAGGCACAAAACGAGCUGAUGAAUUCAGGCUUGUACCUGGUGCUGCUGCUUCACCUCUAUGAGCAGAGGUUUGCAGAACUCAUGAGGCUCAAUCACAACCAGGUGGAAAGAGAGAGGGACAGACCUCCAGCCCAGCUCUUCGGGGACACGUGCCAAUGCUUCUGAGGCCUCGCUUUUCAUCCAAUCAGAUUGUGCCCUUUGCAAUCAGUGUUCCCACUUCUUUGGGAGACUGGUGGCAAACCUGCUUCCAUUACUGCUCUCAUCAAUGGAUCCACUGUGGGGAUGAUGUUGACCCAGAAUCCUGAAGGGUUUGGCAGAUGGGCAAGGAGAGGUGUGAUGGGAGUAUUCCAUGCAGAGGGAAAUGGAAACGCACAGACAUGGAAAGACCUGCAUGUUUGGGGAAAGUCAGGGAGGUGUGUGGCCGGGAAGGGCAGAGAAAGAGCCUAAGGUGCAGGCAGGGAGCGGGAAGGGUUUGUGAGUGGCUCUGGAGGCCAUGGAACAGUUUCCAGCCUGGGAUUGGCAGGCCAGGAGAUGUGGGUUUUGCGGGGAGAACUUGGGCAGCCACACUGGAGGGGGAAGAAAACCGCUGGGAGGCUGCUGCAAUGGCACGGGGUAAUAAGGGGGACCGCGUGGGGAGCAUCGGACAUGGGAAGGACGGGUGGGUGUGGGGUGAGGGACAGGCUGGCAGAAGCACCGAAUGCUCGCCUCUGCAAGUGGCCAGCAGGAAGCUGGCCUUUCCUCCCUUCAGGUGCUUGUUGGGGAGCAUCUCCAGAGAAGACAGGACCCACCAGCCUCACCCGACCCCACCUUCGAGGUGAAGCUAAAGGGCCUUGCCUUCCCUCUCCUCCUUCCCUUUCAGCCCCCACACGGAGCACUCCA